UAUAAACGUGCCGGGACUGAAGGGGAAAAGCGAGCAAACCUGAGGAAGAUCCGCUCAGUUCCGCGAUGAUCCGAUUAAAAACCGAUUUGUUGAUGAACUAGAGGAGAGGAGCGGUUAGGAUUUACCAGGAAUUAAAGGAAUUCUAGUUUAAAUUAAACGUUUAAGUUCGGGUUGGUCCGGAGUGAGCUGAUGUUUCUGUGUGGAAGCAGCUGAGGUGAAAAUGCUGCUCAGCUUUAUCAAACUAAAUCGUUCAUUUUAACAGUUCUGAGGGACUCGAAUCGUCGAGCUCUAUCACAUUUAAUCUUCAGGUCGUUUUGUUUACAGUCGGGCCGUGUCCGGAUCAUGAAGGGUCUGGUGCCGACGCUGCGCGGGUGCCUGAGGCCCAAUGUGUACCCGCAGGUUCCAGACGGCGGGUGGGGCUGGCUCGUCGCCGUGGCCUUCUUCUUCGUGGAGGUCUUCACCUACGGCAUCAUCAAGGUCUUCGGCAUCUUCCUGCAGGACCUCACCAACCACUUCGGAGAGACCAACAGCAGAGUGUCCUGGAUCGUCUCCAUCUGCGUGUUCGUCAUGACCUUCACAGCUCCUCUGUCCUCAGUGCUGAGUAACCGGUUUGGAUUCCGUCCGGUGGUGAUGUUGGGGGGGUUCCUGAUCAGCCUGGGUACCAUCACCUCUGCCUUCACCACCUCCAUCACUCAGAUGUACGUCACCGUCGGCCUCGUCACAGGCCUGGGUUACAGCUUCACCUUCCUGCCCACCGUCACCAUCCUCUCCCUGUACUUCAGCAGGCGCCGCUCCCUCGUCACCUCCGUCACCUCCACCGGGGAGUGCUUCUCCCUCUUCGCUUUAGCACCAGCCCUCAGUGCGCUGAAGCAGCGGGUCGGCUGGCGGAACUGCAUGAUCGUUAUCGGGCUCCUCCAGGCCUCUGUGAUUGGCUUCGGAGCUCUGCUGCGACCGAUCAUCAUCCAGCCUGGAGCGUCUAAACAGGAACGGGAGGCGGGAAGUUCGGCGUCUCCUCUGGAGUUGGAGCUGGAGAACGAGAUCACGUGCACGUCGGUGAAAUCUGUGGACUCCGGGGUCCAGUCCCUCUCCUCCGAUGAGCAGAACCCGGACGCUAACAGGGAGGAGGAGGAGGAGCGGGCGUGGCCCUGCACUCCUCUUAAACAGGCGGAGAGUAAAGGGGAGGAGCUGGACGUCGGCGCGCCGGCCGAACAGCGCCUCCUGGUGUUUUCGUUACUGAAGGACCUGGGCUUUGUCUGCUACUCUCUGUUCGGACUCUUCGCCACGCUGGGCUUUUUCGCCCCGCAGCUGUACGUGAUCGAGCUGAGCGUGGCGUACGGCGUGCCGCGGGACAGAGCCACCUACAUGCUCUCCGUCAUGGCGGGGGCCGAGAUCUUCGGCCGCCUGUCCGUCGGCUGGCUGAUGAACCGCGUGCCGAUCCGUAAGAUCUACAUCCUGCUGAUCUGCACCGCGCUGCUGAGCCUGGUGCUGGCGCUCUUCCCGGCCGUCUCGGGGCGGUUCUGGGCGCUGGCCGCCUGCUGCGCCGCCUGCGGCUUUCUGUUCGGCACCGUGGGCUCCACCCACAUCCCCAUGCUGGCCGAGGACGACGUGCUGGGCGUGGACAGGAUGACCAUGGGAGCCGGGGUUUACGUCUUCGUACAGAGCUUCGCUGGCCUCGCCGGUCCUCCGAUCGCAGGCGUACUGGUGGACCGGACUCAGGAUUACGGCGCGGCGUUUUACUCCAGCGCCGCCGGCGUGUGUGUCGGCACCGUGUUUCUCUCGCUGGUGCGACCGGCUAAAACCGGUUUCAGCCGCUGCAGGAGGGAGCGGGCGGAGGUCACGCCCGACGACUUCCUGGAGGCGGACCUCGCCGUGGAGGGCGGCGACACGUCCAGGGACUCGAGAGGGCGGCAGAUAGACGAGCACGUAAACAAACACACGCACAUGCUGAAUAAACUCUGACCUCCACCGGCCCCCCCCAAAGAUCCGUGCCGUGUUCAUUAUUAUUAUUAUUAUUAUUAUUAUUAUUAUUAUUAUUAUUAUUAUUUAGUUUUUUUCUGUCAUGGGUUCAGUCUCGUUUGAUGGCGCCUCAUUCCACAGAUGCUGCACCGUGGACAAAUAUGUGGACACUGGACUUUGGGAUCACGUGGGAAUCUGUGCCCGUUCACCACACCGUCAGUGUUCCAGCUCAUCCCAGACUGACUUUGUGCUUGAUUUUGUAUUCCUGUUAGUUAUGGGUGUGGCUGAAAGACCUGAAGUCGGUAUUUAGAAGUCAUGUCCACGUACUUUUGGAUCUUAUUUAUUUAUUUAUCAGUAGGCUGAUCAGGUUUUUAUUAGCGUGAUGAACGUUUCGCCAUAUCGCUCACCUGGUAUUGAACGUCUCGGAGAGAUGGCGUAUUGUUUUAUUCAUCGUCGUUUACACCAGGGUGCGUUUGCAAAACAUUUGGGUGCCGUAACAGUCUCGCACCCUCGGAUGGCGGUGCUGCUACCGGCCCGGUUGGGCGUUCGUGUCUGACCGAUGGACGAGUACAGAGAGUGUAGUGUGUUCCUCCAUACGUGUUACAGCUCUCUGUAGAGAUCCAGCUCUAUACAUCUACACCAUACAUCCAGAAGUAUCUCAACAUCAAAGCCUCUACGUCUCUCGGAAAGCCUUCUACAAGAUUCUGGACUGUGUCUGUGAGAAUUUCAGGCCAAAAAAGCAACGAUGUGGUGUGGUUAAGGUCAGGUGUUUGUUUGGCGCUCACUCUGAGCACAGAAGAAAGCCUUCCCCAAACUGUUGCCACGAAGCAUUAACUAUUUUAGAUUACAAAAUAUUUCACUGUUGUGAUUUUUGUUGGUUGUUGUUAUUUUUGCACACGUUAGCAACGAAUGUGUCUGAACACUUAAACAAAAAACACCCGAACUUGAUGAUCAGAUGAUCAGAAGGGGUGUCCACAUACUUUUGGUCAGGCAGUGUAUUCGGUAGCUAAGCCUGCAUGUAGAACAACAGGAUGAAGCGCUCCAGGCUGACGUGUUUACGUUCCUCCUGCCAGUCUCAGCAGCUUUACUGCUCUCAAAUGCAAACAUGACGGACUCCCGCUGAAUAUCCGGUGUACAUCAGAACGGCCGGACGUGUUUACAGGAGCAGUUCGGGGGGCCAAACGUUUAGGACCAGCAGUGAGAAUGCUUCUGUGUUUUUAAAGCUCAGACUGUCCUGGACGUUCCUCCACAGUCACCUUCCUGUGACCUCUAAACCCCAUCCAGUGUUUAUAGGCCGGAAUAACCUGGACAGGAACAUAGCCGCUCAUGUCUGGGUUGACGCCCAGGCGGCUGAUGGCGCCGCUGAGAUUCGAACCCGGAUCUACGAGGCGGCGCUUUGCUUAUUACGUGAUUUGUAGUGAAACAACAUUGUGUUAAUGAGAGACAUUGCAAAACAGAAGCAUGUACACGGGUGUCCUCAUACUUUUGGCCUUUAUGUUUAGCAGGUUGAAGAAAAAUGUGGUGUAUGUUUAAUUUCACUGAAUUAUUAUUAUUAUCAUUAUUUUAUUAUUAUUAUUAUUAUUGAUGAUACAUUUAAUGUAAAGAUGAAACAGCAUGUGCUGGUAGCUGUUCUUUUAUUGAUCAUCGUUCACAAUAUUAUCACGAUAUUUUUCUGAUCAUUCUGUCUGCUGGUAUGUGCGGCGUAAGGUCCCGCUCACCCCCCCGUCUCUGUCCUGUUCUAGGCACGGAGUUAGAACAGUGUGAGUGGGAUUUGUGCUGAUAAGUGUUUUCACACCUGUACAGUCCGGUUCAGUCCGACUCGGGUCCGUUUCCCCACUCGGUGCGAUUCGUUUGGGUGGAUGUGGACCGAAACGACCUCAGUGAGACCCUUCCAGUCCCAAACCAACUCUAGAAUGGAUCGUUAACCCAACAACCAGCAUGUGGUGGUAUCUUCUCAAUAUGAGCUGCUUCUGCUGCUCGUUGGUCCAAAACACCAAACACUUCCUGACCAUCAGCUUUUCUGUGUGAAAAGAAAUGAACCGAGGUUACAGAACUCACCGACUGACCAGAGCGGACCAGAGCGAACUGACUGUAGGUGUGAAAACUCCCGUCAUCAUUCUGUAUCGCUACCGCUCUAAACGAGCCCUGCUGUAAAAUCUCCGUAUUUAUUUUUAUAUUUAAUCUUCCAGGUUUUAUUUCUUAUCUGACUUGAACACAGACCGUAAGAUCCACAGCCCUGCGCACCGGUGCCAUCGAUCAGAGUUGAAGCGUGGCGCAUGUUCACUCCCUUCAAGACUUGAACACCGUUUUUAUAAUUGUGUUGUGUCUAAUUUAUUCUGAUUCUUUUUGUAAUGAAACCAAAUCAGCAUGUAAAAAAACGUGCAACUGCUGUACUGCCAUUAUUUCUAUUUAAAUAAUACAAAUAAAUCAUUCAUUCACUCAC